UUCGAUACUCAACUUUCACAUUGCACAUGAGGGAUAUCACAUGUAUUGAGUCAUUAUCGGGGACAGUCCCGAAAAUGAUACUAUUUUUUCUGCUUCCUGAAGCAUAACUACCUGUAUUUUCGGUGUAAGUGUGUCUGCGGAGUCGAACAUCCCUUCAAAGGAUCAACAGCUCGACUUGGUUAUGUGUCGUCGCUGCGGACUUGGCCUUCUUCCGCUUCUUCUAGCAGUUCUCUCUCUAGCAACGUUCGUGAUAACUUACGUUAUCUCCUUCGUUCGGAACGACACGUCUUGGUUUCCGACCAUCAGCGACACAGCAGAUCGAAGACCAGAAAGCAAUGUGUUCGGAUUUCUAUUCAACUUCUGUUCAGUUGUGGGGCUGGUCACGGCAUUGGUACGAUAUCUGCAGCUGAGGCACGACGCGGAUUGGAACGAGAGCGACAGAUUUGUCCUUAUCAGGCUCAACAAAGUAGCCUUGGUGUUUGGCAUAGUUUCUAGUCUUGGUGCAAGCGUAGUGGCGAAUUUUCAGGAAGAUGCCGUUUCAGUUGUCCACAUCAUUGGUGCACUCAUGGUGUUUGGAGGUGGUAUUCUCUACUGCUGGGUA